CUCCACCUUGUAUCCUCCCCCACCGAGCAACGAAAGAGGAAGAAGCAAAACAGCCACAUAAACACAAGCAUCAAGCAAAGAGACAUUAUGGCCAACAAGUUCGUUGCAGUGUUUCUCAUGUGCAUUGUCGUCAUUGCAGCAUUCAGCCUCAAUCAUGAGGUUGAGGCCACGGAGGACUUGUACGGGUCAUGCUUCAAUACCUGCCAGAAAGGUUGCGUGAAGGAUGGCGAUGGCAACACCUUCUGUGAAAUCAAAUGCGACGGUGAAUGUACUGCUAAAGAGAAUGCUGCAAAAAUUGGAACCCCAAUCGUCUGAGCAAACAAGGUCGUCAAGUUAUAAGGCUGCAGCAAGAGGAAUUGAGGAAGAUAUAUGUAUUGCAUGUAAUAAAUAUGUGGAAAACCUCUUUUACUCAUUGCCAGUCCUAUUAAUGUUUUGAUGUGUAAAAUGGAAUAAAAACAACACUACUUGUUACAUUUAA